GCCUCCUCGCUCAUUCGUGGAUUGUCUUUGAUACCGGAUCCUCCCAGUAGUGACAGCAAAAGGUGGAAGAAAUAGGAGACCAAACUUACUUUGCGCUGAAAACCAUGCAAUCGAAACAGAAGUCGGAAGCGAUAACUGAUAGCUUGCUGAAAUCUCUACACCAACGGACUUGAGCUUCACACUGUCUGUGGGAUUUUGUCUUUUGAAGGGUGUGUGUGGUUGUCUUUUGAAGGGUGUGUGUGGUGCGCUACUCUUAUGGAGUUCUAGUAUGUACCGCGGGUUGGUUUCAGUAUUGAUAAGGAUUCUUGAUGUCGAACAUGGCGAGGGGCAAGAAGGAAGCAUUUGCCCUUCUUUUGUUAUUAGCGCUCGUUCUACUUGGGGCUGUGAACGCUCAGCUCCCGGUUAACGAAAUUACGGGGUUUAGUCUUAGCCCUCCGUAUUUCAACCUGGCUGAAGGAGCUCGGAUUUCUGCUACAGCAACGUGCGGAGAAGAUGAUACUGGGAUACCUAGAUCGGAUCUGUACUGCAAGCUUGUUGGGGGACCAACCACUGAGCUUCCGAGCCAGACUAUACAGGGCCAGUUCUGCGAAUACUGUAACUCCAACGACCCAAACGCCGCGCGCCCAGCCAGCAACGCCAUAGACGGGACUGAACGCUGGUGGCAAAGCCCGCCUCUUUCCCGGAGUUUGAAGUACAACGAGGUCAACCUCACGUUGGAUCUUGGGCAGCUUUUUCAUGUGGCCUACGUCCUCAUUAAGUUUGCCAACUCCCCCCGCCCUGACCUCUGGGUUCUGGAGCGAUCAGUUGACAAUGGCAGGACCUAUGUCCCCUGGCAGUACUUUGCACAUUUGAAAAGGGACUGCCUUGAGUUCUUCGGUAAGCAGCCAAAUGCACGCAUUUCCCGAGAUGAUGACCAGAUCUGCACUACAGAAUACUCUCGGAUCGUACCCCUGGAGAAUGGUGAGAUUGUGGUGUCACUUGUGAAUGGUCGUCCUGGAGCGAGGAACUUCACCUAUUCUCCGGUGCUGAGGGACUUCACCAAGGCAACCAACAUACGCUUGCGCUUCCUUCGUACCAGCACCCUACUGGGCCACCUCAUCUCCAAAGCCCAGCGUGACCCGACUGUUACCCGCAGAUAUUACUACAGUAUCAAAGACAUCAGUGUCGGGGGCCGCUGUGUCUGUCAUGGCCAUGCACUGGUGUGUGGAGCACGCGAUCCCAACAACUCCAGCAGCCUUCAGUGCGAGUGUCUGCACAACACCUGUGGGGAGUCAUGUGGCCGCUGUUGCCCAGGGUUCAAUCAGAAGCCCUGGCGGGCGGCGACAGCAGACAGUGCCAACGAGUGCCACCCCUGUAUGUGCCAUUCGCACGCCACCGACUGCUACUACGACCCCGAGGUGGAUCGCAUCGGGGCAAGUCUCAACGUUUACGGCCAAUACGACGGAGGGGGAGUCUGCAUCGGCUGCCAGCACAACACGGCCGGGGUGAACUGCGAGCGAUGCGCGGAGGGAUUCUACAGGCCCCACGGAGCGCAGCCAGACUCGCCCUACGCGUGUGCACCCUGCAGUUGUGAUCCCAGGACCACAGCAGGUUGUGAGGACGGGUCGGGACGCUGUAUCUGCAGGCCAAACGUCAGUGGGGACAACUGUGACCGCUGCGCAGAUGGUUACCAUGGGUUUCCGCAGUGCAUCCAGCAUCCUAUCCAAACUACAAAAUCCCCCGCAGGCGAUAUUGUAGACCCUGAUAACUGCCCUGAAGGGAGUUUUGGACCACCCAGCUGCCAGCCCUGCAGGUGCGACGGCCCGGGGGUGGCUACGCAGACGUGCAACGGACAGACGGGCGAGUGCUUCUGUAGGCCCGGGUUCGAGAGCAGGUUCUGCGACCGCUGUGAACCGGGGCGCUUCAGUUACCCCUACUGUCAAGAGUGUCCGUGUGACCGGGAGGGGACCCUGCCGGAGGGGUGUGAUGCGUACGGGCGGUGUCUGUGCCGGUCGGAGGUGGAAGGGCCGCAGUGCGACCGCUGUCGCCCGGGAUACCACUCAUUCCCAGACUGCCAGGCUUGCCAGUGCUCACGGGACGGUUCGUAUGAGGAGUCAUGUGACCUGGAGUCAGGGCAGUGUCGCUGUCGUCCCGGUGUGACGGGUCAGCGCUGCGACCGCUGUGUGGACGUGAGACGCAGGUUCCCCCAGUGUGACGCGCCCAUAGAGUGUCGGUGUGACCGGGAGGGGACCCUGCCGGAGCGGUGUGAUGCGUACGGGCGGUGUCUGUGCCGGUCGGAGGUGGAAGGGCCGCAGUGCGACCGCUGUCGCCCGGGAUACCACUCAUUCCCAGACUGCCAGGAUUGCCAGUGCUCACGAGACGGUUCGUAUGAACAGUCAUGUGACCUGGAGUCAGGGCAGUGUCGCUGUCGUCCCGGUGUGACGGGUCAGCGCUGCGACCGCUGUGUGGACGUGAGACGCAGGUUCCCCCAGUGUGACGCGCCCAUAGAGUGUCGGUGUGACCGGGAGGGGACCCUGCCGGAGCGGUGUGAUGCGUACGGGCGGUGUCUGUGCCGGUCGGAGGUGGAAGGGCCGCAGUGCGACCGCUGUCGCCCGGGAUACCACUCAUUCCCAGACUGCCAGGAUUGCCAGUGCUCGCAGGAUGGUUCUUAUGAGGAGUCAUGUGACCUGGAGUCAGGGCAGUGUCGCUGUCAUCCCGGUGUGACGGGUCAGCGCUGUGACCGCUGUGUGGACGUGAGACGCAGGUUCCCCCAAUGUGACGCGCCCAUAGAGUGUCGGUGUGACCAGGAGGGGACCCUGCCGGAGCGGUGUGAUGCGUACGGGCGGUGUCUGUGCCGGGCGGAGGUGGAAGGGCCGCAGUGCGACCGCUGUCGCCCCGGAUACCACUCAUUCCCAGACUGCCAGGCCUGUCGUUGUGAUGGUGUGGGCGUGGCCGACGGGGCCUGUGGCCCCCGGGGAGACUGCAGGUGCCACACAAACUAUGCGGGACGCCGGUGUGAACAGUGUGCCCGGGGUUACUAUGGAUACCCCAACUGUGGCGCUUGCCAGUGCUCACGAGAUGGUUCUUAUGAGGAGUCAUGUGACCUGGCGUCAGGGCAGUGCCGCUGUCGUCCCGGUGUGACGGGUCAGCGCUGUGACCGCUGUGUGGACGUGAGACGCAGGUUCCCCCAGUGUGACGCGCCCAUAGAGCCGCCUGUGAGCCGGUGUAAUCCCGUGGGCACAGAUGUGAACAGAGUGGUACCAAACGAAGGUCAGUGUCCCUGCCUGGCAGAUGUGGAAGGCCUGCUGUGUGACAGAUGUAAGCCUCUCUUCUGGAAUCUGGCCUCUGAGAACCAAAAUGGAUGCAUCGCGUGCCAGUGUGAUGUUAAAGGUACACUCAGUGGUGUUGGGGAGUGUGAACAGGAAAGUGGAAAGUGUUUUUGCAAGCCCAACACCUGUGGCCACACCUGCAACACUUGUAAAGAGGGCUACUUCCUACACCAGAAGAAGAACUAUUUUGGCUGCCAAGGCUGCCAGUGUGAUGUGGGUGGGGCUCUGGGCAGAGCCUGUGCGGAACCAACGGGACAGUGCCUGUGCCGGAAGCACGUGGUGGGGCGCACUUGUAACCAGCCAGAGACAAACUAUUAUUUCCCAGACCUCUAUCAUAUGAAAUUUGAGGUGGAAGAUGGGAUUACUCCUAACGGCAGGCCUGCCCGCUUUGGCUACAGCCCACAGGAGUUCCCAGACUUCAGCUGGAGGGGGUAUGCUACUAUGUCCCGUGGUCAGCCAGAGGUGGUCCUGUCACUCACUGUGGCCCCGCCCAGCUCCUACCGCAUUGUUUUGCGUUACUCCACCCCUUCCCGCCCUCGCGGGCCAAUCAAAGGCAGGAUUUUGCUGAUUGACGAGGCUCACUUUUCCUCUUGCUGUGACUGGCAGCGGCACAGUAAAGAGGUGGUGUUCCCCCCCAGUCGCACCCCUGCCUUCGUCACCGUCCCAGGGAGCGGGUUUGCAGAACCGUUCCCGCUGGCUCCUGGGAAAUGGAUCAUUCACAUCCGAGCCGAGGACGUGCUCCUGGAUUACCUAGUGCUGCUACCCAGCGUCUACUACGAGGCUCCCAUUCUGCAGUCCAAGACGACGGAGCCCUGCACCUAUGUGAUCAACUCGGAUAACCAGGGCAAGAACUGUCUGCUGUACAGGCACACGCCGAUGGACCGCUUCCCCUCCGCCCUGGCGUCCCAGGGCGUGUUCUCGUCCCGCGGCCGGAGGAAGAGGCAGGCUCGCGUGCGCCGCCCCACCCCCGAGCACCCGGAGAUGGCGUCCGUCAGCGGGCGACAGGCCCAGUUGCAGCUGACGCUCAGGGUGCCGUCUCCGGGUCGCUACGUGCUGGUUCUGGAGUACGCCAGCGAGGUGGACGCGCUGCAGAACGUCAACGUGCUGCUAAGCAGCCAGCCCCAGGCCCAGGCCCAGGCCCAGGCCCAGACGAGGGUCAACAUCGACAGCUGCGCCUACAGUUUCCUGUGUCGCGGUGUGGCGGUGGAUGGGAGCGGCCGCGUAGCCCUGCUCCAGAUGGACCAAAAGACCGACGUCCUGCUGCAGACCUCCACGGCUUCCUUCCUCCUGUACAAAGUGUAUGCAGUGCCGGCAGACAAAUUUUCAAUGGAGUACGUGGAUCCUAAAGAGCUUUGUGUCUCUGUCCAUGGCCGCUUCUCUGAGGACAGUCGCUUAUGUGUCCCGCCCCAGUAUGAGAUCCCCCCUUCAGCGCUGGUUUUGGACGCGGCGCGAGAGGGGCGCCUUUCCGUUCCGUCCGGAGGGAGGCAGAGCAGGCAGGCAGGACCAGCCCCCCUCAUCGCCCCCCCACGGGAUGGGGUCCUGCUCAAAUCCCCUCAGACUGAGAUCAGCUUCAGUGCUCGGGUGCCCGUCCCAGGGAGAUAUGUAUUCGUGGUCCACUUCCGUCAGCCAGAGCUCCCCUUCUUCCCUGUGGAGGUACUGGUGGAUGGAGGCCGACCCUGGAAAGGCUCCAUCAACGCCUCUUUCUGCCCCCGUGUCUCUGGCUGCCGGGACCAGGUCAUCGCAGAGCAGCGCAUCGCUUUAGACGUUCCCCGGCAGGACCUGACCGUCACACUCAGAGUUCCCCCUGGGAAAACCCUCAUCCUGGACUACAUCUUGGUGUUUCCAGAUGAAAGCUAUGGCCCAGAGCUGCUAAGGGAGAAGCCUUUGGGCAGGUCAUCAGAUUUCAUCAACCAGUGCGGAGGGAACAGUUUUUAUAUAGACCCAAGCUCCUCCCAGUUCUGCAGAGACUCCGCCCGCUCUCUGGUGGCGUUUUUUAACAACGGGGCCCUGCCCUGCGGCUGUGACGAGGCCGGGGCCACCGGCCCCACCUGCGACCCUGAGGGCGGUCAGUGCACCUGCAGGCCCAACAUCAUCGGCCGACAGUGCACCCGCUGUGCCACGGGACACUACGGCUUCCCCUACUGCAGGCCAUGCAAGUGUGGCAGGCGUCUGUGUGACGAGGUGACGGGCCAGUGCAUCUGCCCCCCGCAGACCAUCAGGCCCGCCUGUGACGUGUGUGAGAGCCAGACCUUCAGCUACCACCCCCUGCUAGGCUGCGAGGGGUGCGACUGCUCGCCCAACGGCAUCGACAAUGUAGCGGAAGAGGGCUGCAACCAAACCACAGGCCAGUGCGCGUGUAAAGAUCACAUUGACGGGCGGCAGUGCGACCGGUGCACCGCAGGGUAUUACGGCUUCCCCGAGUGCGCGCCAUGUGACUGCAACAUGGGGGGCGUGGUGCCGGACGUGUGCCACCCGCAGACCGGGAAGUGCCUCUGCAAGAAAAACGUGGUGGGGGUCAGGUGUGACUCCUGUCGCAAGGGGUCCUUCUACUUCGAUGAGUCCAACCCCAGCGGCUGCCUCAGCUGCUUCUGUUUCGGAGCCACAGAUCAGUGCCGGAGUUCGGACAAGCGCCGGGGAAAGUUUGUGGACAUGAAGAGCUGGCGCUUGGAGAAGCUGGAUCAGGAGGAGGUGCCCUCCGUUUUUAACACAGCCAGCAACACAGUGGUGGCGGAUGUGCAGGAGCUGCCUGCAACAGUGAAAGAUCUCCACUGGGUGGCACCAAAAACUUACCUGGGAGACAGGGUGUCCUCGUACGGAGGGUUCCUGACCUAUCAGCUGAAGUCUUUUGGGAUUCCCAGUGAGGGCAUGGUCCUGCUGGACAGGAGCGCCGACCUCCUGCUCAGCCGGAAGGAAGUGACUCUGGUCCACAGGGCCCCCCUCACCCCCUCUGCGGACCGUCUGUACGAGGGGCGAGUGCAGCUGAUUGAGGGUAACUUCCGGCGCGAGGGCACCGACCGGCCCGUGUCUCGGGAGGUGCUGAUGGCAGUUUUGGCGGAUCUGGACGCCCUGCACAUCCGGGGGCUGUACUUCUCCCAGAGCCAGCGGCUGAGUCUGGGGGAGGUGGGGCUGGAGGAGGCCACGCCCACCGGGAGCGGCGUGUCCAGCAGCAUGGUGGAGGUGUGCACCUGUCCCCCUGGUCACCAAGGAGACUCCUGUCAGAAAUGUGCCCCUGGUUACUACAGAGACAGGAGCCAGCAGGGGCCCGGCCGCUGUGUGCCCUGCUCCUGUAACGGGCUCUCCAACGCAUGUGACGAGGCCACCGGGAGGUGCCUGAACUGCAAGCAGAACACUGCUGGCUACCGAUGUGAGCAGUGCAAGGAAGGUUACUACGGCAACCCCACCAACGGCACCUGCCGGGUCUGCCCCUGUCCCUUCAACGUGGAGUCCAAUAGCUUUGCCACUAGCUGUAAGAAGGUUUCUGGAGGAUUUGUGUGCGUGUGUCGGCAAGGAUAUACUGGAGCCAGAUGUGAAAGGUGUGCUCCUGGUUACUAUGGCGACCCUAUGGAUCUUAGGGGGAGCUGCCAACCCUGUAACUGCAACGGUAACGGCAACUGCGACUCUAAGACAGGGGUGUGCAAGAACACUCUCGAGCCAAAGGACACAACAGACGAGCAAUGUCAAGAGUGUGACAGCUGUGUGGAGACCCUGCUGAAGGACUUGGAGAGCUUGGACGACAUGCUCAGCAAGCUGAAGUCCCAGCUGGAGAACGUCAACGCCAGCUCGGCCGUCCAGGAGCGUCUGAAGAAGCUGGAGGACGCCAUCGCCGCAGCCAAGACUCUGGUGAAAAUAUACAGCACAAGCAUCGCAAGCCAGGUACCCAAGGUCAAACAGCUGGAAGAUGAUGCCAAAAAUCUGAGCGAGGACAUUGGACUGAUCAAGAAGAAGGCUACUGAGAACUCUGAAAAGGCCCAGGAAGCAGUGGAUGCUGCGGAGAAGACGCACGGCCGCGCAGAGGACCUCGCCGCUGGGGCUGAGAGCAUUUUCAACAAGAUCAAGGAUCUGCUGAAGGAGUUGAAUGACGCCACUUCCGGAGCUGGCAGCCUGCCCACAGAGGACCUGGCCAAGAUCCUGAGCGAGGCGGAGCGCAUGGUGAGGGACAUGAAGGCCCGAGACUUCAGCGACCUGAAGAAUGCGGCCGAGAAGGAGAACGAGGAGGCCAAAAAGCUGCUGGACCACAUCAAGAACGACGUGACCAAGCAGUACGAGCUGAACAAGGAUGCUGUCAAACGUAUCGCGGGCUUGCUGAAAGAUCACGAAGCCAAGCUCAAAGACCUGGAGGAGGCACUGAAAGAAGCAGACAGCACCGUCAAGAAAGCCAACCAGCAGAAUGGGGUCAAUGCCAAAAUUUUAGAGGACCUUCUGAAAAAGAAAAAGGAGCUGGAGAAAGAGCGAGAUCAAGUGCUCGACCAAAUCAAAAUGGCCAAAGACCAGCUUAAAGGCACAAAAGAUCUUCUCGACAUGCUGGCCGACAGCAAAAAGGAAUACGAGCAAUUGGCCGCGCAGCUGGAUGGCGCCAAAACGGACCUCACCAAAAAAGUCAAUGACAUCACCCAGGCGGCGGCCAAGGAAGACAUCGUCGAGAAAGCAGAGAAGCAUGCCGAGACCCUCAACCGGCUGGCUAAGGAGCUCCAAGAGGCGGUGAGGAACGCCAGCGGCAGCUCGGACGUGCGCUGUGCCGUGGACGCCAUCGAGGCGUACAAGAACAUCACCGAGGCCAUCAAAGCGGCAGAGGACGCAGCCAACGAGGCCAAAAAGGCGGCGGACAAAGCUCUGAGUGACGUGCAAAAUCAGGAUCUGACAAAGAGAGCCCAGGACCUGAAAGACAAUGGGGAUGAACUGCUGAAAACUGCGAAGGACGCACAGGAUGAUCUUAAAAAUGCCGCAGACGAGCUGGACGCCCAGAAGAAGCGUUUGGCCGAGGCUGAGAAGAAGAAGGACGCUCUGAAGAGCGACCUCCUCGCCGCCCAAGCUGAGCUGGACAAGAUUAAAAGAGAUGAUGUCGCUGACAUGAUAGACGCAGCCAAGAGAACGGCGGCUAACGCUAACGACACCGCUAAGGACGCGAUGGACCGACUCAACGCCAUUAAGGAUGAGGUGGACAAGAUUAAUGUCCUUCCCACAGAUCCUAAUCUGGACAACGUCCUGAAUGACGUGGAUAAAUCAGUGAAAAACCUCACCGACACUAUCCCAUCCCUCCUGGAUAAGAUCAGCCAGAUCGAGGAUCUGAGCACCCAAAUAACCCCCACGGGCAACGUGUCGGAGAACAUCAAGAGGAUCAAAGAGCUGAUUGAGCUGGCCCGGGACGCCGCCAACAGGAUCACGGUCCCCAUGAAAUUUGCGGGCGACGGACACGUGGAGCUUCGCACCCCGAAAGACAUGGACGACCUGAAGGCGUACACCGCCCUCAGCCUGUCCCUGCAGAGGCCGGAGAACGGCAGAGGCGACGGAGGCCGCCGCCGAAGACAGACCUCCCCCGACGACCUGUUUGUGCUUUACCUCGGCAAGAAGGACGCAUCCACAGACUACAUAGGCAUGGUCCUGAAAAACAACGAGCUCUUCUGCAUCUACAAGCUGAAUGGCAAGGAGUACAAGAUCCAGACAAAAAGCAUCAACAGGUCCCCGACCGAGCCUUCCUACUUCGACAAGGUGGACUUCAGAAGAAUUUACGAGGACGCCGAAGUCAUCCUGACCCAGCUGUUCACGUCAAGCGAUCCAUAUGCGCCCGUGACCUAUAACAACAGGGGGGAGAUCACCCGGAACCUUCUCAACCUGGACCCCGAGGAUGUGGUCUUCUAUGUGGGAGGAUACCCAGACACCUUCACACCUCCAGCAUCUUUGAACUACCCCAAAUAUAAAGGAUGCAUUGAAAUGUCCACCUUCAAUGAGAAGUUCAUCAGCCUGUACAACUUCAAGAAGGCUGUCAACGUAAAUACAGAGCUGCCUUGCAAGAGAUACAUACCCUCAGAAGUCGACUUGUACUUUGAAGGCACCGGCUAUGCCAAAAUAGCGAUUGACAAAUCCUCAAGCGUGCUAGUCCUUUCACAGUCUGUUUAUACCCGAUCAGAGAAUGCGCUCCUUCUGUACAUUGGAAAUGAGGACUCCUUUUACACCUUCGCCGUGGAAGGAGGUUAUGUUGUAUUCCGAGGAAGAGAGGGCGACAAAGUUUUGGAAAAGGCCAAGAGCACCGAGAAGCUAUUUCCUCUGGAGAAGCAAGAGGAGAUUCAGGUGAUCUUACGCAAAACCUCUUUCCUGGUUCGUCUGGGAAGCAAGACGGCCUUAUCGGCCAGUUACACUCAAGGACAAUACGACAGCUAUUACCUUGGAGGCUUACCGCCAAUGUUGAGAGAAAGGGACAGCAUCACCACCCCGCCAAUGAAGGGAUGCGUGAGGAACAUCAAGAUGGGUGGCAGCCACGCCAACCUUCUGGAGAGGGUGGGCAUGAGCAAAGGAUGCCCGAAGGACUACCUGGCCUCUCGUAAAGCUGAGUUCAGCCUGGGAAGCUCCCUUUCUGCUCCCCCAGGGAAGUUCGAACUGAGCGGCGAUGUGACUGUCUCCCUGGGCUUCAAGAGCACGGAGAGCAACGGCCUGCUUCUCACCAACAGCCAAGCGGGCAAUGGGAUAGAGCUAGCCAUGGAUAAUGGCUUUGUGUUAUUCAAAUUCAAUGACAAAGUCUGGAAGUCAAAUAAAACAUACAAAGAUGGUAAAUGGCACUAUUUGACGGCAGCCAGAAUUGGGCAAAGGUUUGAGUUUUUGAUCGAUGAACAGGACGAGGGACAACAGCAGAGUUCUUCGUCUUCUAUAGCUGCUGAGGGAGACAACGUCUUCCUGGGGAAAGACACCUUCAAGGGCUGCCUUGCCAACCUUUACAUGAGGAGACCCGAUGUGUUGUAUAAGCCGGAGGACCUGAGUGAGUUCAGCACCAGCGGGGAGAUCCUGCUCGACGUCUGCAGCUCAGACCGACCCCCCCUGCUGAUGGUGGACAAACGCAACCGCAGCUUCUCCAGGAUGGAGGAAGAGGUGCAUGAUGACAGCCUCUCUGUGUGCAGCCUGCCGUCUAUGGUAAAACACAGUUACCGGCUCGGAGGACCUUUCAGCUCUCUGACCUACAACAUCACCCCACAGGCUCUGCGCAGCAGGCCUCACUUCUCUCUGGAUGUGAGGACAGAGUCGGCAGACGGCCUACUACUCUACGUGGCCGGCGGGCAGGACAGCUCCCAUCUGGUCCUGUACAUGUCCAAAGGCCGCAUCCGGCUGUCCAUCGGGAGAAAACAGCACAUCUUCAACAGGGAGAAGUACAGCGAUGGCAAGUGGCAUACGGUGAUGUUCAGCUGGGAGAGGCGCAAGUUUCGCCUGGUGGUGGAUGGGCUCCGUGCCCACAAUGGCCAGCUGUCCCCUGACGAGGGAGUCUCUCUGGACCUGCAGUCACCUGUCUACCUGGGCAGCGUACCGGCGCCCGUGCGCAUGGAACAACAGUGGAAGGACCUCCCCAGGGAAAGCAUAAUCGGAUGUGUUCGCAAUUUCAAGAUGAACAGCCAGCCAAUGGCAGAGCCCACAGCCAAUUACGGGGCGGCACCCUGUUUUGAUGGGCACACUGUGGGCGGAGCCUAUUUUUCAGGGAAUGGAUAUGCUGUCAUAGAGGACAACUUUGUGGUGGGAGUGAGCUUUGAGCUGGUGUUCGAGGUUCGGCCCAGAACCCUAACAGGAGUCAUUUUCCAUGUUGGGGGCAAGGGAGGACACCACCUGAGUCUGUUCCUGAGGAGAGGGGAGGUGGUUGUCCAAGUGAACAACGGGGCAGGUGAAUUCAACGUCUCUGUGACUCCACAGAAGAUGCUGUGUGACAGCAUGUUCCACCGAGUGGCAGUUAUCAAGAGGAACAAUGUAAUCCAGCUGGACGUGGACACUGAGGGCCGGUACACAGUGGGGCCUUCCUCCUCUGUCUCCACCAGGACCAGAGACCCACUUUAUGUGGGCGGCAUUCCAGAUUCCACAUGGUCUACACAACUCCCAAAGACGUCUUUCGUUGGCUGCCUGCAGAACGUGCAGAUCAACGGAAACACAGUUUCCUUUGACAAAAUCGCACGAGUGUUUGGGCCUGUGAACCUCAGAGAGUGUCCCUCCAGCUGAAAAGACGUUACCGCUAAGGGAAGACUCGCCACUAUGUGCAAUCAGUCAAAAAUAUACCGGGUGCUUGUUAAAUUUAACUGUUACUCCAAUUACAAUGCGUAUCUUUGUUGUAUCGACAUUGCAAUGUAAAGAACUGUCAGAAAAUUGAUUUAGACAUUUCUAUUUUUUUAUUUAUUUUUAAAUGAAUUGAUGUACCCUUUCCUCUUACCCUCACGGUGGAUAUAUUCUGUGUUUUUGUAUGAAGAUGUAUUUUUAUGUCAUGUUUUAUUUUUAUCUGUUUUUUCUCACUCGAUCAAUGUGUGGAUCAAACCCCUCUCAUAUGAGAGGACAGAUGACUUUUUUGUGUGUAGUGAUUCAUUGGGGUCUGUGGAGCAAACUAUGUGCACUUUGUUUAAUAUCAUUAAAUACCAGCUCAUGUAAAUACUGUCAAAAUGAUGAAUAAAUCUUUUUUUUUUCCUCUUA